UACCGAAGACGAAGUGAGGCUAUGGAGCCUGCUCGGAGCGGGGCUUUUUUUUCUGGACACAGACGCGGCCUACCGUGGCGAUGUCCUCAACAUCCACGUGAAGAUGCGACACACGCAACACCAUGACAAGUCACCAUGCUUUCAUGCGCUCACUGACGCAGCAUGCAGGACCCGCACAAGGCGCAAUACGGCAUCUCGCAGACCAGUCGGUUGUUGCUGGCCGUCGCGUUUCUGUGCUUCGCCGCGGGAGGCACCUUCGCAGUGCUUGGCGUGGCAUCGCAGAAGCAUUACAGAACUAUAGCCGGAUCGUGCGCCAUGGCCCUGGGCGUUGGUAUCUACACGAUCACCGUCAUGUUCACCAACGUCAGCGGACCGCCAUCUGGCUUCGACCUCAAAGACUUUGAGUCGAUCGAAACGAUCAAGCCGGCCACCUUUCAACCUAACCUGCACUCCAAGUUGGCGCUCGCGCUCGCCUACGGGAUCUUCGUCACCGGCUCCAUCAUGGUGGUACUGGGCUUCAACUUCGACAUCAUGUACCUGUGGAUACCUGGGUACUCCAUGUCUGUGAUCGCUUUCAUCGGCUACACGGCCGUCAUCCUGUACGGGCCGAUGACCAUCAAGCCGGGCGCCAUCAUAGUGGCAUUCCCCGACGACGCCGUGCCGAAAAAGCAGCAGACGGUGUUGACAGCUGCUUACACGCGUGGCGCUCCGAAAACCGCUACAGAAAUUCGGGCGGCACGGACUAAAGGCGUCAGGACGGCCGAGGGGACCGAAUACGACGAAGGCGACGCACGGGGCUUCCAGGGAUUCAAGAGGUACCAGCACUGCGCCCGAGGUUACACGCCUGCGGAACCACGUGAAGCUAACGUGAACUCGUGAAGCGGGUGAUCGACGAGGUACUCAUGUCCCCUGUUCGUCACGCCUGUCCUUGAGCAAACAACGAUGAAGGCCUGAGAAGGUUGACAGAGCGGCCACCGACCGGCGGAUCAGCACUGUCUGGGCGAAGGGCAUACCGAAAGGAACUUCUGGAGUUCUACCAACAGCCUGCAAUGUUGGCGAGUUCUGAGCAGCAACUAUACCACGGGUUGGAAUGACAUGGCGAAAUGUUGCGGCAAUCGAAGAAAACAAAGCUAAAUGCGCCGCAACGCUCUGGAAGACCUUCCUGGAGCGAACUACGAUUCUAGAGGGCGCCGGGAAUUUAGGCUAUGCUUUGUAGCUGCUUGGUGUUGCUCAAAUUCCGCCAGCGUGGGUUAUCGUUCAGGAAUAAGCCUGUUGUUAUAUAUUCAAGGUGUCUAUGGUACUUUGAGUUACCUAAAACUGCCGCAUGAUAAAUUACGCCGCAAUGUUGACACUACCCGAACAUGUGCCUGUUGCGAGUGGUUUUGAAGAACGUUUUACCAAUGAACAUACUACAUCUGUUUCGUUUUUCAGUUUUUUUUUAAACUCUAGCCAUAAAUAUGCAUUCUGUAAAUAUUUUCUUACCAUUUUUU